AUGCCUUAUCCUUUUGCAAAGAAUAAUGAGCAACUUCGUACACACGAUGAUUUUGCUCAUGCAGCACAGGCAGCAGCUGCCGAACAUAAUCAUACUGGUCGUGAAACAAUUAUUGAUGGUGUUCGAGGCUUUUCACCUUUGGUAUGCAUUAUUAAGUAUCCGGUGUCGGUGCUGUAUGAUUAUAUGCACUUGGUGUGCAUUAAUCAUAUUGGAAUGUUAGUUAAGCAUUGGCUAUUGCUGCUGAAUUCUACAGAUAUUUCAUUAAUUGACGAACGCUUAUUAAACCAACGUAUCCCACACAAUAUGAAUAUCCGUUUCGAUUUUUCGAUCAAAGAAAUAAGUCAAUGGGAGGCAAAACACGGCCUACUUUUUGUUCUAUAUGUUGGCCUUCCAAUAUUAAUCAAUAUAUUAGCAUCGACACACCUUUUCCAUUUUGCAGCCUAUGUGGUUGCGAUAAGACUUCUUCAUGCACCUGAAAAUGAAACAGAAAUUGAUUUAGCUGAAAAAUUAUUACGAUUUUACUGUGAGUCAUCAUCAAUUAUCUAUGAUCCAUCAGUCGAACUCUACAGUUUACAUUGUCACCUUCAUUUAGCUGAACAAGUUCGUUACCAUGGUGAUAUACGAAGAAAAAAAGCACAUGGUACUCGCAAUAUCGCUUCACAAAUCAGCUAUUGGACUGAAAUAUCAUUACUUAUAAAACAACCCAAAUUUGAUAUUGAAAUACCGCAUGGAGUCGAUGAAAUAUCUAUUGAUAGUCCUCAACUUGGAGAAUUUCGUGAGAUGUUGACCGACUUUAUUCAAUUUGACAAAGUAAAAUUCUAUAAACGAUUCAAGAUACCUUUCAUUACAUUCCAUUCAACAUUAUAUGAUAAUAAAUUCAAAUGUGUCAGUCAUAUUAUAUCGUAUAAACAUGAUCAAGAUGAUAAAAUACGUUUUGGUGAUUGUAUUAUAUUUAUUCAAUGUAACAAUGAUUAUUAUGCUUUUAUUAAUAAUUAUCGUGAUGAAGCACCAAAUAAUUCUUUAUCAUCUCUUCUGAAGAUAUCUGAUACUGCCACUUGUCAGAUUAUUGAGCCACUUGAUCGUUUAUAUUCUGUAAAAUCUAAGUCUGAUUCGUUUGAAAUUCUUUCCAUGAGCAAAGUGCGACAUAAAUGUAUUUCAGUACCAGUUGGAGAUUUUUUUUGUUUAACUGAAAUUAGAAAUGAUUUUGAACAUGAUUGA